GCCAACAACCGACAAACAAAAGUUAUGAUAUACCUUUUGAGUAAUAAUCCGAUAUAAUCCAUUUCAGUCAAAAACUGAGAAAAAAAAACGAUUGCUUCUGCUUCCGAAGAUCAAGCAUGGAAGAUGGCACCGAAUCGGAGCAAAUUUCUGAUGAUUUCACCUGCGCCGUUUGCCUGGAUGUGCUCUACAAGCCCAUUGUUCUAGUUUGUGGCCAUGUCUCCUGCUUCUGGUGUUGCCAACGUUCGAUGCAUAGCAGUAGUGAAUCUCAUUGUCCGCUAUGUCGGCAUCCUUAUCAUCAUUUUCCCGCCAUUUGUCAUACGCUUCACUUCUUGCUCAAGAAACUGUAUCCGAUUUCCUACAAUAGAAGGAAGAUACAAACACUAGAGGAUGAAAAACACACCUCUUUAGGGUAUUCACCAGAUAUCGACAAUCUUGUUACCAGUGACGAUUUAGACAAUCGAAACGAUGUCGGCCAGUCUUCUGCUCAAACUUAUAAGCAGAUUUCAGUCAGUGAUGUUCUGUGUGCUGCUUGCAAACAACUACUUUUUCGCCCUGUUGCUCUUAAUUGUGGCCAUGUUUACUGUGAAGGCUGCAUCAGCAUCCCAACUGAGGGGAUGCUCAAAUGUGAGGCUUGUGAGUGUCGGCAUCCGAGUGGACCUCCGAAACUUUGUAGGGAGCUUGAUCAUUUUCUAGAGGAACAAUUCUCUUCGGAAUAUGCGUUGAGAAGAAGCCUUAUACAACAAAAAAAUCAAGAGCAAACUCAAAGUACAAGUUCAUCUAAUGAGGCCAAUACUCAAUUUUCGAAGCUCUCAUUCCCAACAGAAGAGACUUUUCUUCAGUGGUGGACUUCUAAUCGCUCGAAAAUUCACGGUAGUGUUGGUUGUGAUAUGUGUGGGAUAUUUCCAAUAAUUGGGGAUAGAUAUCAAUGCCAAGACUGUCCUGAAAAAAGUGGUUAUGACCUUUGUGGAGACUGUUACAACACGGGCUCAAGUGUUCCUGGUCGGUUUAACCAAAAACACACUUCGUCGCACCGCUUCGAGUUGGUCAAACCAACUAUAAGCCGAAAUGUUAUGCAUCGGCUUCUGGGUAGAAGACUGGGAGUGAUUUCUGCUUUUGCUUCUGGAAAUCAAAGUAGCCCUAACAAUUGAAGAAACUAUACCAGAGAAGAUCAAAGGGACAACCAACCUCCAAUAUAAAAGGUCCUUGCAGUUUAAUUCGGUAUCGAAUCCAAAUUCUCGAGCAACCAUGCUAAUAGGAAUAAACGAUUGUGUAUUAAACUUAUAUUGUGGUACGAUUUUGGUGGUUGGUAAGGCUUUGAUGUGUCUACUUGUAGUUUGUGUGUGAUUACCAGAUUUUUUUGAACAGCAAACUAACUCACUCCUAAAUACUUCUAUA